CCCCCACCUCUUCUUUGUGAGGUUAAUCGAAUCCUCAAAAAACACCCUCUUCCUCUUCUCUCUCCCUUGUUCUCUUUUUUCUCGAACCCUAAAUUUUCUCCUCCAUUUUUAUUUCUUUGUUUUGGUUUUAAACCCUAAAUGGCCUCAGACAUCCCACUUCAUACCCAACAAAAGCUUAAUCUUUCCACCACCACUACCACCAACGCUACCACCACCACUUCUGUUGCGAACCAUUCGCCACCCAAGAACCAACUGGCCCAUCCACGGAAACGCGCCCUUUCCACCACUGCCUCAAGGGACCGCCAUACCAAGGUCAACGGCCGGGGCCGCCGUGUACGGAUGCCGGCCCUCUGUGCGGCUAGGAUCUUCCAGCUGACCCGAGAACUCGGCCACCGUUCCGACGGGGAGACUAUUGAGUGGCUCCUACGCCAGGCGGAGCCCUCCAUUAUCGCCGCGACGGGAACCGGAACAGUUCCUGCUAUCGCCGUAUCGGCUUCCACGGCGGGGCCGGCACCUAUUUCAUCGUCGCCGCCGUCGGUGCCGUGUCGGGUUCAACCCGUCAGCUCUGCGGCCCCGGGGAUGUUCGUUGCGGCCCCACCCCCGAGCUGUCGGCUGGACUUGUGCCAGCCCUUGGGAUUACAGUAUGCUGGAAAUGGGUAUCGGCACAUGCCGUUCACGGCUCUUCUGUUGCAGCCUGCCGUGGCGGAGGAAGCGGAGGAGAGGAGACGGCAAGAGGAGAUGAUCGGAGAACGUCAAUAAAUAGAUAUUAGAGAAAAGUAGAUGUAGUUUACAGAUAAACAGUAACAUGGGUUUUAUUGCUUUUGGGCUUAGUGCAGUUGUACUGUUCAGUCUCUCUCUGUCUUUCUCCUCUUAUGGGGUUUCUCGUUUAUUAUGUUUUGUAGGUAAAGGUUUUAGUAAGAAGAAAGAUGUAAAAAUUUAAAAUUUUAGUAGCAAUGGAGAUGGGUUCCUUU